AUGUCAGAUCCUAUCAACUUCAAAGACGACGACAAAUCAUCCACCUUUACCAUCCCAUCGGGAGAGCAUCACCCCAAAAACGGCAGGCAUUUCAUGAUUCGCGAAAGACAACACCCGCACCGCAUCCUUUCGCUUCGUCUCGGUGAAAUCAUACUUACGGAUCAGCAGUGUCCCGCACUUGGAUGGCUUUGGAUGUGCGUCAAGAAGUCUGGCUGGUAUGGGUUCCAAAAUGCCGUCUCCGGUACGUACCUUGGACACAACGGCAGGAACAAAAUCCAUGCUGCUAUGCCGCAUCAUAAAUCUCACGAAUACUUCAUGGCUGAGAGACAUGAAAACGGUGGCUAUGUUCUCCUGACGAGACAUGGCGAGGAGCUGUGGCAGGUAGCCAUCUCCGAGGACGGGGAUUACCUGGUGGAACAAAAAGAAGCAGGGACGGCGUGGGAUUUUGUCGAAUCUAGUACGCUUUACGUUGGUUAA